AUGCCCAUGUCUAUCAUGUGUGAUGCGACGCGAAACCGCCACCAAGUAAUGGGGCCCAUUGAAACCUACUGCAUCACAGCAAUAUGCCCAUUGACACAACGCAAGCGGGCACGCUCUCAUCCAAACAAAAACUGGGCAAUCAAUCUCGACAGCCGAGGAAAAAAUUCGGCGAAUAGCUGGAUCAUUUGCCUUGCCGACAGAAAAUGUCAAUCAGAAAUGCUGCUGUUUUAA